AUGCUCGAAGGACCGAGGGAAGAGCAUCGCCUAUUAGAAACAUUGGGAAAAAUCUUCAUUAAGCCUUUGAAAUUGGUCAGCAACUCCAUUGCCAUCUCUACCGCCGAUGUUGCAAAGGCCAUGGUUGUGGGCGCUUGCUCAAACGAACUAAAAGGUAAAGUGAUCUGGGAUAACGCAACCCUUCUCGAGAAGAAGAACUCAUUUGAGAAUCUCUGCAAGUAG